AUGCCGCCGCCUCCUCCCUCGGACGAGGCCCAUUCUGGGCCGGACGGUGGUUUCUUCACCUCGAGUUCCGAAUCCGACACCGCCUCCACAGCCACAACGGCCGGCGGAGCGGACGACCCCUUCUCCGACAGCGGCGGCGAUUCGUCGGCCAGCGAGGCCGGCGGGAGUGGAAGCGACUCGGACUCCGGGCCGGUGUCCUCGGCACCACAAUCCUCCGCGCGCGGCCCGGCCGGCGCUUCCGAUGACGAGGACGAUGAAGACGAGGACGAGGACGAGGACGAGGAUGAGGACGACGACGACGACGAGGAUGAGGAUGAUGACGACGAGGACGAGGACGACGAGGACGACGAGGAUGACGGAGAUGACGAGCAGCGCCGGGGGGCAACCGACAAGUCCCCGGAUGAGGUUGCCGGCGGGGCCGCCUCCGGGCCCGGUGACGGGAAACGCCCGCGCGCGCCGGAUGCCAACCUGCCACCAGCGAAGCGCCUGGCCACCGAGGGCGGCCCCGCAUCGGCUCCCUCGCCGGCCGGGCGGAAGAAGCCCCGGCGGCGGCGGGCCGGCAUGGAUUCCGACUCCGGGUCCGGGUCCGACUCGGAUUCCGGGUCACGUGUGCUCUUCCGAUCUGGCGGGGCCGCCUCCGGGCCCGGUGACGGGAAACGCCCGCGCGCGCCGGAUGCCAACCUGCCACCAGCGAAGCGCCUGGCCACCGAGGGCGGCCCCGCAUCGGCUCCCUCGCCGGCCGGGCGGAAGAAGCCCCGGCGGCGGCGGGCCGGCAUGGAUUCCGACUCCGGGUCCGGGUCCGACUCGGAUUCCGGGUCCGGGUCAGAUUCCAACUCGGAUUCCGAGUCCGAGGGUCGGUCCUCUUCCCGCGGCAAACUCGGCCGGCGGUCCCUCACCCAGAAGGAGGAGAUCUCCCGGAGGCAAUUCUUCCACCUGCUGGAGAGUUUGAUGGACCGCGAGCAGCGCGCUCGGUAUACGCUCUUCCGCGCGUCGCGCUUCAGCAUCCCCUCCAUGCGCCGUCUCAUGCUGUCGCUGUUUUCGGACCAACGCCAGCUCAACGAUCAAAUUGUGCUCGUCAUGUCGGCCGUGGCCAAGGUGUAUGUCGGUGACAUCGUCGAGAAGGCCGUCGAGGUGCGUGAGGACUGGGAGCGAGCCGAAGCCGCGGCAAAUGCCUCGGCCGCUGGCUCACCCGGCGGCGAGGGGACCACAGCCGCCCCUCCACAGCGGCCACUUCGGCCACGACACAUCAUGGAGGCCCUCAGGCGCCUGCAGAUGGAUGGGUUCCUGCAGCGCCAGCAGCCUCCUGGGCCGCUCCGCAGUCGGCGGUAUUUCAGAUAA